CUAUAACUAAGCCGAGGUCGAGUCUGUCUAAUCAGUCGCCUCCUCUAUAUAAGAUCCGUUUCAGCUGCACUCCCACAAAUAGUUGCAUUUUCAGUUUUGUCCGAGGCAAGCGGAAAUACGGAAAUCAUCCAUCAUGCUAUUGAAAUGCACUUGGCUAAUGCUCCUGCUGUUGUCCCUGAUGGCCGGUGCCUGGGCCAGCAGCUGUCCCUCGGGAUUCAGCGCUGAGAGCGAUCGGUGUGUCAAGGAGCGACCCAUCCACGGCACCUGUCCCCCGGGCUCCACCUAUUUGCUCAACAUCAACAAGUGUGUGCAUGCCUGAGGAAUUUAACAUUAUUGAAUUAUUAUUGAAUAUAAAUGUGCUAAACUGUA